AUGAACAAGAUGAAAAACUUCAAGCGGAGGUUUUCACUCUCGGUUCCGCGGACAGAGACCAUCGAGGAGUCACUGACAGAGUUCACAGAGCAGUUCAACCAGCUCAACAACCGGAGGAAUGAAGACCUGGCUCAAGGGCACCUGCAGCUGGGACAGCUGGGCAGAGACUUCCGAGCAGACACCAGCCCCAUCUCCCCCUCUGAGGUGGAAGGUCAGUCACCGAUGGCCGUGCGCUACCGCAACAACAACCAGCGCCGCUUCUCCAUGGAGGAUGUCAGCAAGCGUCUCUCCCUGCCCAUGGACAUCCGCCUGCCCCCCGAGUUCUUGCAGAAGCUGCAGAUGGAGAGCCCAGAGUUCCCCAAGCCCCUCAGCAGGAUGUCCCGACGGGCUUCCCUGUCAGAUAUUGGGUUUGGGAAGCUGGAAACCUAUGUUAAACUGGACAAACUGGGAGAGGGCACCUACGCCACUGUCUUCAAGGGCCGCAGCAAGCUGACUGAAAACCUCGUUGCCCUGAAGGAAAUCCGUCUGGAGCACGAGGAAGGGGCACCUUGCACGGCCAUACGGGAAGUGUCGCUGCUGAAGAACCUGAAACAUGCCAACAUCGUGACCCUGCACGAUAUCAUCCACACAGAGCGUUCCCUCACCCUCGUCUUCGAGUACCUGGACAAUGACCUCAAACAGUACCUCGAUAACUGUGGGAACCUGAUGAGCGUGCACAAUGUGAAGAUCUUCAUGUUCCAGCUGCUGCGUGGUCUGGCUUAUUGUCAUGGGAGAAAGAUCCUGCACCGAGACCUCAAACCCCAGAACCUACUCAUCAACGAGAGAGGAGAGCUCAAGCUGGCUGAUUUUGGACUAGCCAGAGCCAAGUCAGUCCCUACAAAAACUUAUUCCAAUGAAGUGGUCACGCUGUGGUACCGGCCCCCCGAUGUCCUGCUGGGAUCUACUGAAUAUUCCACUCCCAUCGACAUGUGGGGUGUUGGGUGCAUCCACUACGAGAUGGUCACUGGACGGCCCAUGUUCCCGGGCUCCACGGUGAAAGAAGAGCUGCAUUUGAUCUUCAGGCUGCUGG